AUGAGCAUAUCUUCGACAUCGGUCCUUGCAGUGGAAAAUUUAUCAGAUAUAUCUCCAAAAUUUUUUAUUGGCUUAUUCAAGUUUAUCAUUCCUAUCAUGUUCAUGCAUUGGUAUACAGUUGGCAUAAAUCAACUAGUUGAUAUUGAAAUAGACAAGAUUAACAAGCCAUAUCGUCCUUUGGUAUCUGGAAAAAUUUCUUACAAAACUGGAGUCAUUAUCACUAUAUCAUGUUUAUUUAUGAGUUUUGGACUGGGGUGGAUAACAAAAUCAAAGCCAUUGAUUUGGUGUCUCGUUAUGUAUUUUGUGGCAAUGACAGGUUAUUCAAUUAAUUUGCCACUUUUAAGAUGGAAGAAAUUUACAAUUCCUACACUAUUGUCAACUGUACCACCUAUGCUAAUAGCAAAUAACAUUGCACCUUUUCUUCAUAUGAAGACCUAUGUUCUCGAGAAGACAACUAUGUUUCCAAGACCAAGAUCAAUAGUCUUUACCAUUGUGGUCAUGAGCUUUUACUAUUUAGUCAUCAUGUUGUUUAAGGACAUACCUGACAUUGAAGGAGACACAGCUGCAGGUUUACAAAAUUUGUCCAUACGCUUAGGUCCAAAGCGGGUAUUCUGGUUAUGUGUUUUACUUCUUGAAGUGGGUUAUGGAAUUGCCAUUAUCAUGGGAGCAACAUCUUCCUUCUUAUGGAGUAAAAUUUUUACGGUGAUAGCACAUGGCAUCAUGGCUUUGAUUUUUUGGUACCGUGCUAAUUCUGUAGACUUAAAGAGCAAAGAUGCUUCCCAAUCCUUUUAUAUGUUUAUCUUUAAGCUUCUAUGUGUGGAGAACAUCCUUGUACAUCUCGUGAGAUGA